UCUAGUCCUUGCCGCACCUUCGGGCCACCGGUAGAACUGAGAGCCACAGCUCUUGGAAGCAAGAGUCAGCAGAUCUGCAGUGUGUGCUCGUGUCAGUGUCCCAAGGUUUACCCCCACUCCGACUCAUCAUGCGUACCACGGCCGCUAUAAUUGCUCAGCUCUUCGUGAUCUCCGUGCUACCCCUCGCUCUCGCCGGCGGUCAAUUCGGAUUCGGUGGUGGAUUCGGUGGUGGACUUGGGCAACUCGGUGCGUUCGGCCCUUCGUUCGCUGCCACAUCCGCGCGGCAAGAACUGUAUUACCCACCCCAGCCUUACAGCUUCGGAUACGACAACGCUGACGCGUACGGCACAAAAUCCUUCCACAAGGAGCAAGGUGACGCAUCGAAUACGAAGACGGGCGCCUACGGGUACACCGACGCCAACGGCAUCUUCCGCCAGGUGAAGUACGUCGCCGACGCCGGUGGUUUUCGUGCUAAGGUUGAAACCAACGAGCCUGGCACCGAGCCCGGAGCCAGCGCUGACGCAAUCUACAAAGGGAGGCCGCUUCCUGCUGGCCAGCAAUACCGCGUCAUCGGUGGCUCCUCGCCUUACUCCGCUCCUUACACGAGCGCCUCUACGUACGGCUCCGGAUACGGCAAUCCUUGGUCUGGCUAGUCAGGCAUGUGAUAAUGUGACCCGUGCGCGAACAUUUGCUGCAGCUUCGGUCAUUCUUACACAGUGAAGAAAACAGGCAUGAAAACAGCACUAGGAAGUCGG